ACUCCAAUAUCCCCCCGAAAGACGCCAAAGUGCCCACCGCGCGAAUAGCCUUUUUUUUUUUUUGUCGUUAAAUCCGCUGGGAAGAGAAAAAAAAAUAGUCAAUUUUUAAUUCCCAACUGCUAUAGUGCAUGAUAAUGGAGAACGACGCCCUUCCAACAUCAAACUCAGUGCCGCCGCCGCCGCCGCCGAUGCCGGUGGUGGGAGUCGGAGUGUUUGUGUUGAAGGGUGACAGAGUGCUUUUAGGCCGCCGCCGCGUCUCCGUUGGUUACAAUACCUUCGCGCUUCCUGGUGGCCACCUCGAGUUUGGGGAAAGCUUUGAGGAAUGUGCAGCUAGGGAGGUGAAGGAGGAAACUGGACUGGACGUCAGGAAAACAGAGUAUUUAACUGUCACAAACAAUGUAUUCUCAGAAAGAGCUAAACUAGUGCAUCUUGUUUGCAUCUUCAUACGCGCAGUUCUAGUGGAUGACAACCAGCAACCUCAAAAUCUAGAGCCUGAGAAAUGUGACGGAUGGGAUUGGUAUGAUUGGAAUCACCUUCCCAAACCACUUUUUGAGCCGGUGGAGGUUCUGGUGCGAAGCGGUUUUAAUCCUUUUCCAGUAAAUUGAAAUGGUGAUCUUCUUGUGCCUACUUUGCUUCCUGAGCCCUUCUACCUUAUAGAACAGACAAGAUUAAGGUUUCCCAUUGCGUAUUUUGCCAUCCAGAGUUGAUGGUUUCUGUAAUGAAUGUUUUGUCUGUCUUCAGGUCGUUGUCGAUUAUAUUAAUCUGCAUAGGUAUGUGACUGGACAAAUAGCUGUUAAUCUUGUGACUUGUACGUAAUCAUGCUUGCUAAUCAAGCAUUUGGCAGAUCCAAUCAUCAAAGUAUAUCUGUUCUAAAUUUACAUCAGGGUAGGAAGUAUGUUAUAUCAGCAAGAAAAUCUUGUAUUUGGGCUAGAAGAAGUAUCCCAGCCCAAGAGUAAUUCUGAUGAUCCUCAAGUAUCAGAAUUGUACUUUGCACCAAAACUGAUAAUUUGAAUUUCAAAUUUGAAUUCAUGUUAUGUGAUAUGAUCUAAACCUGCUAACGUAUAAAUAAAUAAAUAAAAAGGUUAUCCUUCUUCUUAUUGCAAUUUUGAUACAUCAAACAUUGGUAGAACCACAAUGAGGAACGCUGCCAUGUAUCUCCAUCAAGAAUUCGGGAAAUGGAAGGUUAUAUUGAACAGAGGCAUGAAGAUGUUGAUUAAGCAAGAUUGAAUUCCAUGCUUGAGUAUAAGUGAAACCAGACGAUGAACCUAAUGUGGGAUGCUUCAGAAGCAAAGAAGCCACUAGUGCUUAUUUGGCGGGAUUGAUUUGCCACUUGGUCUCGAUUCCUUCGUGCUAAUAACUGACCAAAAUGCUCAAAAAAGUCAUGGUGGUUUCGUCCUGAUGAACAUACAGCUGAUGAUCAAUACUUAAAAAGUGGUUUCCCCAGCUAUGAACGAGUAUGAAUUCCCUAGUUUCGAAUAGCAUCUGCAGUGCUGUUUCCAAACCCGUGAUGGCCAUUACAAAAAUAUGUGGAUAUUAUUUUUCAUCGCUGCUAUUAGGCUGCUAUGAUGCCUUGCUUACUGUAGAGUGAAACAUCUUUCGUCUAUCAAAUUUAUUAGCUGUAAUCGGGUAGGGGAACAGGCUUCUCAAGAUUUUGGAUUGAGUAUGAGUUUGGUGUUGAAUUA